CAUAACAGUCAAAAGACUGAUCUAUCCCUAGCAAGAGUUCUAUAAAUUAAAACACAGUUUACUUUCACCAUCCACCUUUACACUUAAUCCUUCUCUAAAAAGAUGAGUAUCGUUAUAAAGAUCCCUUACGAAGCCAUGCUGAGCUCCUUCCUGGAACAGUUGAAACUGCCGUCUCAAACAUACGAAUUUGACGAGUCGGAGAUGGCCUGCCGUGUCUGCUUCAGCUACGAGCAUCCUGCAUCAAAGACGAUGGUCUCUGAAUCUUGCGUCGCCCGUACCGACACGGCCGACAUGAAUGACGCGAAGGAGAAGGUUUCUGAGAUGGCUAUAGAGUUUCUGAAGGAAACUUAUGGCUUUGAAAUCUUGGAUUACAGCUCUACUCAAAUUCCGAGGCUUACCGGUGCUAUAGCUGAACUUACCGCCUAUCUCGACCAUAUCGAAACGAAGACUAAGAUCCUUAAGAAGAAAUGUGAGCGGGAGGAAGCGAAGAUGGCAAUUCUCGAGAAGGAAGCAAGGCUGCAUGGCGUAAUUCAGUAAUUGCUUGAGAAGCUGAUCAGUAUCUUAAUUAUGUGUGUUUUUAUCAUUAUAAUAAAUAUUAUGUGUUAGAGGAUUGGAUGUGUCUUUAGUCUGUGUUUUAAUGGGUGUUUAAGUUAUAAUUAUGUUGUAAUCAUAACUGUUGAUCGUAUGAAUUGCGUUGUAGCACUAUGUUUAACUACAUGUUGUUGGAUAAUCUAAUUUUAAUGUUUGGUUCAAA